AUGAUUUUCGAGUCAGUCCAGCCUGGAGUUCCGGACCCCAUGUACAAUCUCAAAAAAAGAGCGGACAGUGACCUAUCUCCAUCAAAAGUUGAUCUCGGUGUCGGCAUCUACCGCAAUGAGCAGGGUGCCUACCAAGAGCUCCAAUGCGUCAAAGAAGCAAAACAAGUUCUGGCGAAGAUCGACCUUGGUCACGAUUACGAGCUGACAACGGGGAAUCCUGGAUUUCUCAAAGAAGCGUCAGGUAUCAUGUUUUGCCAGGGCGGCCUAGCCUCUGUUCAAACAAUCUCUGGAAGUGGAGCGGUUCAUCUCGCUGCCCUAUUCAUUUCUCGGUGCAUAUCUCCCUAUAUAAAGGUGUUCGUUGGUGUUCCCACAUGGGGCAAUUACAAGCCAGCCCUCGACCUCGUCGGUCUCCAGACUAUAGAGUAUCGUCAUUAUGAUCCCUCGACUCGUUCAUACGAUCACGAUUCAACCAUACUAGCCAUUAAAGAAGCUCCUGAAGGCAGUGCCUUCAUCUUCCAAGGGUGCUGCCACAAUCCAACCGGUGCCGAUCCGACUCCUGAGCAGUGGUCCGAGAUUGUAGACGCCCUCAAGGUCGGGAGGCAUCUCCCCUUGUUCGACCUCGCGUACCAGGGCCUCGGCCAAGGGCUAGACGAAGAUGCCUACGCAGUCAGUCUUUGCGCCAGACGAAGACUUGAGUUUCUUGCAUGCCAGUCUCUUUCGAAGAACUUUGCCCUCUAUGGCGAGCGCUGCGGCUCUCUUCAUGUUAUCUGCAAGGACAGCAGGGCGGCAGCAAACGUGCACGACCAACUGCGCUGCCUCAUCCGCUGGGAGAUGUCGUCCACCCCAGCAUACGGAUCGCGCCUCGUCAAACUUGUCUUGCAGGAUGGCCAUAUGAAUGCUGACUGGAAGGCUGAGCUCUCAGCGAUGAGGGAGAGACUAGCAAGUCUCAGGCUGCAGCUGUUCGAACAGCUCACGAGGAUUCUCUAUACACCCGGUGAUUGGUCGCAUAUCGUGCAAGAAAAAGGACUAUUUUCGUAA